AUGAGCUUGUUUGCGGGUGUCAGCGGCGGCGCGGCGGACGCGGCGUCCGGGGUCGGCACAGGAAGGGCGCUCCUGGAGCUGACGCCGCACAAGAUGGCGGUGUGCCAGCUCGUGCAGGUCUUCGCGCCGCCGGCGCAGGCCGGGGGCGACGUCGUGCCGCCCUUCCCCUUCGAGUCCCUCGCCCACCACAACCGCCUCGGACUCUUCCUGUUCACGCUCACCCGGUCAUGCGAGGAUUUUCUGGAGCCUCCACUGGAAGAAUUUUUGAGGCAGCUGAAGGCAGUGGAUAAUUUGGCUAAUGGUUGGUUCUGCGAGCAGCUGACAAGUUCUUUGUCAGCGCUCAACUCACCUGAUGACUUGUUCAACUUUUUUGAUAAGCUACGAGGUGUGCUCACUGCACCAGAGGGUGCGAGUGCAGAAGACGUAUUUUUGGAUCCGAAUAGUCAACUUGGAGUUUUUCUUCGUUGCUGCAUACUUGCCUUCAACUCAAUGACCUUUGAGGGUGUAUGCCAUCUGUUGGCAGAUCUUGUCAUGUACUGUAACUCCACUGAUGCUUCAUAUGACUUGGCAGAAGAUGAGGACUUCAAUAGUGAAAUGGGCAACUUGAUGGAUGCAGACAUAGGUUCUCAAGUUGGUAUAUUUGACAAAUUUCAUCAGGGUUAUGCCUCUGAGCGUCAUAUGGGGGAGAGUUCUUCAGCUCUAACUCGUGCACCAACGUCAACCUAUUAUUUUGAUGAUGCUAAUAUUUUUAAAGCGGAUGACAACCCAACCUGUCUGAGAUCAAGGUGGCAAUUAGAGGCAUAUCUUAACCAACAAGCCGAUAUUCUUGAGAAGGAUCCCGGCUCAGUGCCUUUGAAUUCGUUUAAUGCCACUAUGACACAGCUUCAAACAUUAGCUCCGGAGCUUCAUCGUGUCCAAUUCUUGCAGUACUUGAAUGCCCUUUGCCAUGAUGACUAUGUUGCUUCACUGGAUAAUCUUCACCGCUACUUUGAUUACAGUGCAGGGAUGCAAGGACUUUUUGGUCGUUCUGUGUCUCAGGUGCAAGAUAUUGUUGUUGGAAAGUAUGAGAGUGCUCUGCUAUGCUUAGGCAACUUGCAUUGUUACUUUGGACAUCCUAAGAAAGCCCUAGAGGCAUUUGCAGAAGCAGUCCGUGUUUCUCAAAUGAAUAAUGAUGAUUCAUGCCUUGCCUAUGUAUUAGGAGCCAUUUCCAAUCUAUUAUCAAAGAUAGGCAUCUCAAACACAGUUGGAAUAAUCAGUUCUCCAUAUUCACUUGGGACCAAUAUUGGACUGGGCACGCCAUUAUCCAUUCAACAACAGUUACUUGUUCUUUUAAAGCGGUCACUCAAGAGAGCUGAUGCAUUGAAACUUGCAAGUUUACUAUCCUUUGAUCACCUUUCGCUGGCAAAAUUUGAUCUGAAGCAUGUCCAAAGGCCACUAGUCUCUUUUGGCCCUAAUGCAUCUACAAAGCUUAGAACAUGUCCUGCAGAUGUCAUUAAGAAUUUAAGAUUAGGUUCCCUUGUGUUGACUGACUUUGGAGCAGAUGUUCUAUCUACUUCAAAUGAUAAUGGUAGUUUUAGCACUUCAUGGCUUAGGAAUCUAUCCGCCGCUUCUGAUUCAUGGCGUAGAAGUUCUAAGAACACCAAGAAAUUACAUAUUAAUGACUUCGACGAUUUCCAUUAUCAUGCACAACCAAGUCCAGUACCUGCACCAAUAUUGCAAUUAGCUGGCUCAGCAUAUUUGCUGAGAGCCACCGCUUGGGAGCACUAUGGGAGUGCUCCAAUGGUACGGAUGAAUGCUCUGGUUUAUGCAACCUGCUUUGCGGAUGCUGCAAGUUCAUCAGAGUUAUCACUAGCAUAUGUGAAGCUAAUUCAACAACUGGCGGUGUUCAAAGGAUAUUCAGCUGCAUUCUGUGCUCUAAAGCUUGCUGAAAAGAAGUUCCCAUCCUCAACAAGUUUGCACAUCCAGCUUCUAGGAAUGCAGAUUCUACAUGAGCGCGCACUUCAUCGAGGGCAUCUAAAAGUCGCGCAACAAAUCUGUGAUGAGUUUGGGGUGUUGUCAUCUUCCGUUUCUGGAGUAGACAUUGAGCUAAAGACAGAAUUUAGUGUACGACGUGCUCGCACUCUCCUUGCUGCAAAACAGUUUAGCCAGGCCGCAGCUGUGGCCAGUUCUCUUUUCUCUACGUGCUACAAGUACAACAUGCAGGUUGAGAAUGCAAGUAUUCUUUUAUUACUUGCUGAAAUACAUAAAAAAUCUGACAAUGCAGUCCUUGCGCUUCCUUGUGCGUUAGCCAGCCAAUCAUUCUGCAAAUCAUUCAACUUGGAUCUGCUUGAAGCCUCAGCUACACUUACUCUUGCUGAGUUGUGGCUGGCUCUUGGAUCAAGCCAUGCAAAGAAGGCACUGAGUCUUGUCUACCAGAGCCUUCCCAUGAUUCUUGGUCAUGGUGGUCUUGAGCUACGCGCUCGAGCUCACAUUAUUUUAGCAAAGUGUCAUUUAUCCGAUCCAAAAUUCUCAGUUCUCGAAGAUCCUGAAGCUGUUCUAGAUCCUCUGAACCAAGCCACUGAAGACCUGCAAGCAUUAGAGUACCACGAGAUGGCAGCAGAGGCGUACUAUCUGAAGGCAAUGGCAUACAACCAUCUCGGCAAGCUUGAUGAGAGGGAGGAAGCCGCGGCUCGUUUCAAGGAUCACGUCACUGCCCUUGAGAACCCGCAGAACGAAGAGGACUCGCUUGCGUACUGA